AUGUGCUGUUUGAACCCACAAUUUUUUUUUGUUAUAAACACGCUAGUUGCAUUGCUGCUUUCGCAUAUUGAGUGUUAUUCUAGUGGACGCAAUGUGUUGUAUGGAUUGUCGUCCUAUCGGCACUUGCCAUUGAAUAAACCAGAAAAUCUUCUCAAAAAAGUGGGCAUAACGUCACAUAUUUCCAGUGGGCUUAUCACAUAUUUACCCUUUGGACAGUUACUAAUCGAUAAAUUGAAGCAUUAUGUGGAAUCCAAAUUCAUCACGCGCCUGGGGGCCGCAAAGGUUAAAUUUCCCAGUUUACUACCACAAACACUAAUGUCUGAAAGUAGAAAAUUGGAAUUUGGCGAUUCACUAUUCAGCAUUACUGAUAGAAAUGAUCGCAAAUACUAUCUCUCACCUACUUCUGAAGAAAUAAUUUCAGAAGUUAUAUCGCAAAUGGGGGUUUUGCCUAUGUUAGCAAAACCUAUCUACCUAUUCCAGUCGAGUGAAAAAUAUCGCGACGAAAUGAGACCUUGCACGGCUGCUUUGAGGUAUAGGGAGUUUUUGAUGUUCGACCUGUACUCAUUUCAUAGUACUCAGGAGUGUUUAGAUAAUUCAUUUAAGAGUAUCGCACAAAUCUAUCGGGAAAUAUCCAAGGAAUUCAAUAUAGAAACGUACGAGUCGGAUCGAGACUCCGAAUUGGAAUUCCUAACUACGAUAGGAGAUAAACAAAUAGAACUGGGGCACCUAUUUAAAUUAGGCACCCAAUUCACGGGGGGAAUCAGUAGUUCCCAUUCUGUAUACAUGGGCAGCUAUGGCAUUGGCCUAUUACGCCUCCUUUCUGCAAUUCUCUGGGCCCACAGAGAUGAUGAAGGUGUGAUUUUACCGCCACAACUCAGCGUUUUUGGAACAGCUGUGAUGGAUACCAAAUGCAAUCUAGCCGCUUUGACUAAGAUAUUCAACUUGAAUAGCUGUGAAUGUAUGCUGUUGGAUGAUAGGGAUGGUAAGAUUGAGGAUAAGUUAUGUGACCUGCGUACUGUGGGUAUACCGAGAAUAGUGAUAUCACUAAGCAAUGGCGUAGUUAGAUAUUUGGAUAGAAGAGAGAGUAGCUUUGGAGAAUUGCCGUACAGAUAA